UGCCGCCGACAGACAUUAUAAGAUAGGACUGGUCGCCCCUCUUCCAUUUUAGAGGAAUCAAUGGCUCAUCAUUGUUCCUCUGUUUUCUCAAUGAAACUACAAUUAAUCAAAGUCUUCCUCUCAUUAGCCACCAUUAAAGGCGUGUUUGGAAAUUGCUACUCAUCAAUCUUUAGCUUCGGAGACUCACUUACUGACACUGGAAACAUCUACUUCACCGAUCCAACUCAACACUGUCUCUUUCCUCCAUACGGGGAGAGCUAUUUUACUCACCCCACAGGUCGUUGUUGCAAUGGCCGUCUUGUAUUAGACUUCACAGCUCAAACUCUAGGACUGCCAUUGAUAAAACCAUAUCUUGGCGUUGAGAAUGGGAGUACUAUUCAAGAAGGAGUCAAUUUUGCUGUUGUGGGAGCAACAGCAUUGGAUGCAUCUUUUUUCUUCGAAAGGGGAAUUGAUAAUGUGUCUACAAACGACUCUUUAAGAGUUCAAUUGGAUUGGUUCAAGAAAAUUCUUCCAUCUCUAUGCAACACAUCGUCAGAAUGCAAUGAAAUCUUUGGAAGUUCUCUAUUUCUUAUGGGAGAGAUUGGAGGCAACGACUACAAUUAUCCAUUUUUCCUGUAUAGGAGCAUAGAAGAGAUUCAGACUUUUGUGCCACUGGUGAUUAAAGCAAUCGCUUCAGCCAUUAAUGAGUUGAUUGAGCUAGGGGCAGUGACUCUCAUGGUUCCAGGGAACCUACCAAUUGGAUGCUCUGCAGCCUACCUAACAUAUUAUGAGACUGCAGAUACGGACCAAUAUGACCCCGAAACUGGCUGUCUAAACUGGUUAAACAAGUUUUCUGAGUACCACAAUGAUCAACUACAAAAAGAACUAAGUAGGAUCCAAGCACUACAUCCACAUACCAAUAUCAUCUAUGCGGAUUUUUACAAUUCUUCAAUGCGUUUUUAUCGUAAUCCAAGCCAAUAUGGUUUUACUGGAGGAGCACUCACAGCAUGUUGUGGAGGGGGAGGCCCAUACAAUUUCAACACAUCAGCGGAAUGUGGUGAUCCUUCGGUGAGUGCUUGUGAUGACCCUUCAAAGUAUGUUAGUUGGGAUGGUAUACACUUAACAGAAGCAGCAUAUCGAUGGAUUACCAAUGGUUUACUAGAAGGGCCAUACACCAUUCCUCAAAUUAGUAUCUCCUGUGUUUCACAAGAUGCAUAAUAUAAGCCGUGGUCCAAUUACAUCUUUGUUUGUUUCUGUGUGGGUGCUAUGAGUUUUGGCCUUACCUGGAUUGUCCUGUUGGAAAAUUAAGCUUCAUUGGAACGUGUUGAAUUAAAUUACCUCGUUCUGUGGCCUCAUAAUGAGUUAUUUAGUCUAGAAAAACUGAGAUCGAUAAUGUAAUGUUGACGACUUUAAAAAAUGAAUUUUGCAAAUUUGUUUGCA